UGUGUCAGUUGUCAUUAAUAAAAAAUACGUAAUAUUUUUGCUUUCAAUAAAACAAAUUAAAACACUUUUAUACACCCUUCGGGGUGAAAAAAUUGAUAUUUGGUACAAAAUGUCGUUAAGAGCAUUAGGUACUCGACUAAUUAAACAUGGUACAGUACUUAUACGAAAUACAGGCAAAACUCGAGAAUUCAAUACUAAAACUAUCAUCGCUGAAAAAAUUAAUGCUACCGUCUCAUCUACUUCUACUAGCAAUUUCACCAGCAAUCAGGUAAUACCACGUAGAUUUGGACUGAGAAAUGUUGGAAUUCAAAUCGGUCUUCAAGCUCGAAGAAUUCUAAUUGACAAUGUCCUUAAUCGAGUUACUAACAGCCUAGCUGCUGACUUGAGAAAAAAAGCUGCACGAAGAAUUCUGUAUGGAGAUUCUGGACCAUUUUUUGCUCUGGUUGGUGUGAGUUUAGCAUCUGGAACUGGCAUUCUCACCAAAGAAGAAGAACUUGAAGGAGUAUGCUGGGAAAUACGAGAAGCAGUUUCGAAGAUGAAGUGGAACUUUCAAGAUGUUAUUGAUGAAAAGCAAUUCGAAAACUCUCCUAUAAACUUAGAGAAUCUAUCAUUUGGAAAACCUUUGGCAAAAGGAUCCAAUGCUGUUGUAUAUGCUACAAAUAUUAAAACAGAAACAAACCAACAGGACGAUCAAUUGUCUAUUUCCACUGAAGAUCAUGAUGAUAUUAAUAAAUUUCCUUUUGCCUUGAAAAUGAUGUUUAAUUAUGAUAUACAGUCCAGUGCUAUGGCCAUUUUGAAUGCUAUGUAUAGAGAAACUGUUCCAGCUAGAGUAUAUUACAAUAAUCUUGGAAUUUCUGAGUGGGAGAUUGAUUUAGCUAAGAGAAACAAACAUCUUCCUCCCCAUCCAAAUAUUGUCACUAUAUAUUCAGUCUUCACUGAUUUUAUACCAGAAUUGCAAGAUUGCAGAGGAUUGUAUCCAGCUGCACUUCCUAAAAGAAUACAUCCAGAAGGAGUUGGUAGAAACAUGUCACUAUUUCUACUUAUGAAAAGGUACAACACAAGCCUAGAACAUUUCCUUCAGGAAUCAACACCAUCCCUGAGAACAUCUAUAUUACUUUUCACGCAACUUCUUGAAGGUGUUGCUCAUAUUAAUUCUAACAAUAUAGCACAUCGUGAUUUAAAAAGUGAUAAUUUAUUAUUAGACACUACAGAGCCAGAGGCGCCCAUGUUGGUUAUAAGUGACUUUGGAUGUUGCUUGGCUGACAAAACUAAUGGUUUAUCAUUACCAUAUUCAAGUUAUGAUGUCGACAAAGGAGGCAAUACUGCUCUAAUGGCACCUGAAAUAAUGUGCCAGGUACCUGGAACUUUCAGUGUUUUAAAUUAUUCGAAAUCAGAUUUGUGGGCAGCAGCAACGAUAGGAUACGAAAUUUUCGGAAAGAAAAAUCCGUUUUAUAAAAACGAACGAAAUAAUUAUUUACGUAGCGCUACAUACAAAGAGGAAAAUUUACCUCCGAUGCCUGAUGACAUACCUUUGAUUUUCAAAAUGCUGAUUAAAAAUUUACUACAACGUAACCCCAGUAAGCGCCUCAAUUCAGAAGUAGCAGCAAACGUGUGUCAAAUAUAUCUGUGGGCUCCCAGCGUUUGGUUAAAACCGGAAAUUGCGAAAUUACCUUCAAGUACAGAGAUUUUACAGUGGCUGCUGAGUUUAACCACAAAAGUUCUUUGCCAAGGUAGAAUCAACAAGAGUUUCUACAAAUCUGACAAAUCAGAUAUAGAAAAAGGCGGUCGAAGAACUUAUCCAGAAUAUCUUCUUAUUUCCAGCUUUUUGCUAAGAGCUAAACUGUCAAAUAUUAAAGCUGCUCUAGCUUUUAUUCAAGAUGUCAACCAAAAUUAUUGAUUAGUACUAUUUAAAUUGUCAUAUUUUAUUGAAUCUACAGUUCUUUGGCAAUUAUAUAUACACUUUUAAAACUUCUUUGACAAUUAUUUCUUACUUGCAGUCUCUUAUUUUCCAAAUUAUAGUUAAAUAUGAUUCGAUUUUUUUGCUUCCUGAUAAAUGUUUAAUAGUCUGUGGAGACUUGUAUUCUUUUAGAGUAUUAAAUGAUAUUUUGGUAGUGUGCUCACUUUUUUGUUAUGAUCUCUGUCUUAAAACUGAAAAUUUGGUGUCCAAAUUAAAAAAAUGUAUACAUCAAUUGUCAUUAGAAACAAAAUUUUUUGCUAUGAAUAAAAUUGGCAUUUAAUUUUUUGUAGAAACAUUUUCUGGAAUGUCUAUUUCAUUUGUUAAUGAGCCCAAAAAAAUAUAUGAAAAUAAAGAAUUGUAGAUUUGAAAGUACCAUUUAUGUUGUAAUUAUUACUCUACUUGCAGUACUAAUAUAUUAUUUGUUCUAAUUUAGAAAUUAGAAUUUAUUUAAAAAUAUAUAUAUAUAUAUAUACAAUUAUCACUGGCUUGGUGAGACUGUUUGCUGUGAUUUAUUAUUAUUACUCUUAUUUCAGUUUAUGCGUUAAAAUUAAAAUUCUCUAUUAUAUUUUCAAAAAUAAAA